UUACAGUCGCUUUUCGAAACAGCCUAAUAUAUGCGGCGCACUGUGACGUCCUGUUGUUAUUAUUAUUUCAUUGACUGGUUUUUGUGAUAUUAUUUUAUUAUGACAUUAGAGUCUCGUCGACAGGAUCGCACGCGUCAAAUAACUAGACAACGGCAAUGAACGUAUUGCGUAACACCGUAACUGCAACCACGACAUCAAAAGUGAUAGCGACAAGUACCUCCGGUGCCGAUGGAGCGGAAACGCAGCGGCCGGCGGUACUACAACAGAAGGAAAAAGACCUGGACGCAGCAGUGCAAAGAUUACCUACGACAGUUCAUUGCGUUCCUGUUCAGCAACAUAGGGAUCAUAUGCUUGGUAGUAGGUUACACCAUAGCCGGCGCUUUCAUGUUUAUUUUCAUCGAAGGGACGUCGAGCAAUGCCAAAGCCAUCAUAGACCGAGUAAGCGCCAAUCGGUCAGGAACCGUCGCCCGUUUAUGGGAUCUAACUUGCUGCACAGAGUACUGCGAGGAGACCUGGCGAAAAGAGGUGCAGACUCACCUCCGAGCGUUUCAGAGCCACGUCAUCGAAGCAGUUCGCAACAGCUACGAAGGCGCCAACAAGGAAAUGACCCGUUGGUCGUUCUCCGGUUCUUUCCUCUACUCGCUGUCCGUCAUCACUACCAUCGGUUAUGGAAAUGUGACCCCUCGAACUCUUCUAGGCAAACUUGCCACAAUAUUAUACGCAAUCGUAGGAAUGCCUCUUUUUCUGUUAUACCUAUCGAACAUUGGAGACAUUCUGGCUAAGAGCUUCAAAUGGAUAUAUGCUAAGUGUUGUCUAUGUCGAGGUUGCAAAAAACGUCGAAAACGUAUGUUAGCAUUGCAACGGAAGGAACAGUGGAAAAUGGAUAUGCGAGAUUUCAAACUUAAUAUCGGUGUACUUACUGAGGGCGAGGAAAGUGACGACGAGGGCACCACUGAUGAAAGUUCCUCGUUAAGCUUCAACGAUACACAAGAGGUUACCGUGCCAAUUUCACUGUGCUUAACUAUUAUGGUUGGGUACAUAUCUGGAGGUGCAGUUUUAUUUGCUAAAUGGGAAGAUUGGGAAUUUUUUGAUGGGUCUUACUUCUGUUUUAUAUCUUUGAGUACUAUUGGUUUUGGUGACUUCGUGCCUGGUAGUAACAUAACUGGCCCUGGAACAGGAUCAGGUCCUAUACAAGGAGUUGAGCUCAGUUUUAUACUAUGUUCAAUGUAUCUAAUGUUGGGAAUGGCUUUAAUUGCCAUGUGUUUUAAUUUGAUGCAACAAGAUGUGGUAAUGAAAAUUAGAACAUGCACGGACAUACUAAGAAGAAUUACCCGGUGUAAAAACUAAGUUUAUUCAGAUUUUUCCGAAAAUCAAAAACAUCUUAAUUUAUUAAUUGAUAUAUUUAAAGAAUUAUUUGCUGUUUUUGAUAUGUUUUUGUAUAAAUCCACGAUAUUGUGUGUACAUAUGUUUGAUGAACAUUGGUUAAAUACAUGUAAUAUUGUAAAUUUUGUUAUUGUCCCAGUUUUUUUUUUCAAUGACAUUGUUCCCAAUUUUUUAUUAUAUUUUUUGAUUGUUUUGUGUAUAUAUAUAA